UACAAUAAGUGAGAAUGAUGUGUGUUCAUUUAAAUGUUAAUAAAUGACAAUAAAUAAUGGAUAAAGUUACAAAUAACAAAGUUCCGUCAAACUUAAUUUUAACAGUUUGCCUGUCCUGUGGAAUGACAAUUGCGACUAGCAUCGUGUACGUAGUGCUAUGCAUUUUAGCAAUACAUUACCGUAGCGACUGUGAUAGCACCUUUUCUUCCCCAAAUGAUACGACGAUCUUCGUACAAUUAUUUCUUGGAAUUUACUUCACGCAGGCAAAAUGCAGCGACUUUAUACACUUUGAUAAUAUUACAACAGAAUCAACAGUUUUCGCAUUGGUGAUAAUUAUUUUGAGUUUAAGCAUACUCAAUUGUAUAUCAGCUAUAGUUUGUGUUUCAGUUGUAAAUACGAAGAAAUCAGCGCAGAAUAUAGAAGCAGCUGUAUACACGUACAUCAUAAUAUCGGUCUCGUCGCUCAUAGUGGAUUUCACCGCAGCAAUAUUCUUUGGAAUGGACUACAACACAAUAAAUUCAUUCACAGAAGAAUCGAUGCCGGGCACUACAGUCUUUUUACAAGAAUUGUUGAGCCUCGGCGCUCUACUCCUUAUGACUGUAUCAUUAAAAGGCUUCGUUUUUCACGUCAUCAAUAUUAUAUUACUAAUUAUAAUAAUAUUCUAUUUAAUAGAAUAUAGAAAAAAUACGAAAAGUACAGUACAUGCUAUUCAUAAAAUGGGUGCUCUACAAGCAUUUGAGCAGCAACGACCAAAUGGCGAUCCAUGGCAACAAUCUGAAUUUUCAUAUCAACAUUUCCGAGGACAACAAAAGAGCACUGAAGACCCGUGGCAACAACAACCUGAAACCAUAUUCCCGCCCUACAGAAGCAAUCAUACAAAUCCUGUGUUUGUUAACGAUGAUGAUAGUCGCAGCCAGAAUCGAGACACUCCACGUGCGGGUUAUGCAAAUCCAGCAUUCGAUCGUUCAUAUUCAUGGAACAACCAGUCAACGAUGUCGCCUCGACCAUUCUCAUAUCUGGAAGAGUCGAAACCACCGAUGCCUGCGAAACCUCCAAGCUUGCCAUCGAACGGCACUGCUCAAUGGCAACGGGAACGCGACUCGUGGCAACCGUCCGUCCCCGCACCAGAUUACAGCCCUGACACACCUCGACGGCUGAAAUCUGCACUCAAAUCAUCCUAUAUGUAAAAUAACAACUUUAAUCGAGUUCAGAUAGAAUUAAGAAACAACCCACCAUCGAACCACUGCUGUACUCGGAUAUUUAAGAAGUCUUCUCAUUAGAGAGAAGUCCACCAAUUACAGUGCUGCCCACGCAGCUUAGAGCGGUGUUUCACUUUAAUUUGUACAUCUCUGGCAUUGAUGUAUUUGUGUUGAAUCCUAGUCGACUUAAAAUAUCGCGUGGGCGGAAAAAACUGGAGACGUAUUGUGC